UCCUGCAAUCGUCUUCACUCGUCACAGUCAAACGUUCGGCUCCGUUCCGCGCAUAUCUAAAUCACAUUUUCAAAAUGAAAUUGUUCGUAAUCGCCGCCGUCCUCGGAGUGUGCGCCGCUGGGCGUCUGGACAACACCUACCUGCCUCCUGGUCGAGGAGGCUCAGGGUUUGGCCAGGGAGGCGCUGGGGGCUUCGGUCACGCCGCCGCUGGCGCUAGUGGCCACGCUGGAGGCUUCGGCCAGAGGGGCUCGGCUGGAUUUGGCCAGGGAGGUUUUGGCCAGGGAGGUGCUGGCCAUGGAGGUUUUGGCCAGGGAGGCGCUGGAGGUUUUGGCCAAGGUGGUGCCAGCCAUGGAGGAUUCGGUCAAACCCAACACGGAGGCAACAUCUACAACGCUGGCGGCUUCCAGCAAUCCUACAACCAGCAAAGCUCUCGUCCCCAAGACGCCGGCGCCCAAAUCCUAAGGUCCAACAGCGAGGUCACCGCUGAAGGUUUCUCUUACGACUUUGAGACCUCAAACGGCAUCCGCGCUGAUGCCCAAGGAGUAGCUACUAAUGGAGUCCAGUCCCAAGGCAGCUUCGGGUACAAGGGUGAUGAUGGCCAGGACUACAGCAUCACGUACACCGCUGAUGAGAACGGAUACCGCCCCCAGGGUGCCCACCUCCCCACCCCUCCCCCCAUUCCGGAGGAGAUCCUGAAGUCCCUGGAGCAGAACGCCCGUGAUGAGGCUGCUGGCAUCUCUGACGAUGGCUCAUACCAUGGUGAGGGCGCUGGCUCCGGAUCCGGUUACUCCGGCAACCAAUACCAGCAACCAUCCAACCAAUAUGGCGCCCCCAGCCGCACCUUCCAGCAACCUAAGAGCUUCGGUGGUUCCUCCAACUUCGGUGGUUCCAGCUUCGGUGGUUCUUCCAACUUCGGCGGUGCUGCUUCUCGCCAAUACUUGGCCCCCAAGGCUGGACCUAAUGGAUCUGGCAACUUCAACUCUAGGACCGGAUACCAAUAUUAGGAGCUCAAAUUGACAUGAUACUGAUGAGUUGAAACUGACGAAAAUGGACAUUGGUGGAUAUUAUGCCGAUGGCGUAAGAUUUUCCAGUGGAUAUUAAAUUGCUACAAUAAUUGUCUUAUAAUUAUGGAGGGUAGAUGUAAAAUAAUUACUUUCUGAGCGAGAAAGACCAAAUAGGUGGAGUUACAAUCAUUUUUAAUCUAUUUUUAUCUUUGUCAGUAAUUUCUUAGUUCAUUUGGAAUUGGAAAUGCUUCAUUAUAGCUGGCAGCUAGACAUAUUUGUAACUUUUCCAUUUGAAUUUUCUUUUACUUCUAUUCUACAAAAUUAUAAUGAUUUUUGAUUUGUCAGUGUUCUUGUGUCACUGUAUAAAAUUUGCAUGAUUAUCGAAUAAUGUUGAUGUAUAUCCCACUGUCUUUUUAUCAAUAGUUAGCUUUUUUACAUCUUUUGUAUAGAUUUCGUUAUCCAUA